AUGGAGGGUGACAAGAGAAGAACCAAAGAAGAUACCUGGAAAUCAGAAGAACUUAGGAAACACCUCAGGGCAUCACAACCAGAUAGUCAAAAUGAAGACCAAAAGCACAAAGGAAAAAUGCACAAAGAGAAGCCUGUGCAUGACACAGGCACUCAUAAACAUGAACACAGAGACAGAGGAAAGAGUAAGGAAAGAAUGAGAGAGAGAUUUAAGUCAGUUGAAAGAGACAGGGAUAAAAUGAGAGAGAGAGAAAGGGGAAAAGAGCACCAGGGAGAAGCUGAUCAAGAGAGACACAAAGAUAAGCAUCGAGAGUCAAGUUUACAGAGGGAGAGAUACAGUGAAACAAAAGAUAAAGACGGGGAGAGCCACAGAGAGCGAGACAGAACACGUAAAAGACAUGAGAUGAAGCAAACAGAUAUACAAAAUAAUCUGAAGUCAUUUGAAGGAAAAGAUAAAGAACAUCACAGAAGAAGAGAAAGCAGGCAUCGUUUGGAGGAGGAAAAAAUAAGAAGUGAAGAGCAAGAAAGAAGGCAUAGAGAAAAGAAGCUACAUCAAAAAUUUCCAUCUGCUAUCUAUACCUUUAUUACAAGGUUAUUGGAUGAUGGUGGCAAAAAGAGCAUUGACAAAUUUUUGGCUUACAAAGUUGAAGAACGUGAACGUGGACACAAGUUACAGAAAGAUCAAGAGUUGGAUAAAGAAAGAGAAAGAAGACACAGAGAAAAAAAAGAACAUUUUGCUAGGCUGGGAAAAGAGAGAAGUCAUAAACAUUAUGAAAAGGAGUUGGAAGAAAAAUAUAUGUCGAAGAGAUCUAAUGAGGGAUCUUCCUAUGGAGACAGAGAAGGGCAACCAGCAAAAGCUGAUGAGAGAUUAAAAAGUAGAGAAAAUGAAAGAAAGAAGCAUGAUCUAGGGAGCAGUGAUUAUAAAAAAGAGGAUGAGAUUCAAGAAGAAAUGAGCCAUCAGCAUGUAAGGACAGUAAAAGAUAGUGGAAAACUCAUUGAGAAAGAGGAAAAGGACACAAAACAAGAGGAAAAGAAAGAUACAAGCAUCUAUAAGUCAGACAUGGGAUCUGAUAACUUUUCAGCAAAUUAUGAAGAUGAUUUUGAAGAUUAUGAAGAUGAUUUUGAAGACAGCAGUGAUGAAGAAGGAGAUGCAGAAGAAAACCGAAGAGAGAUUCCCUUUUCCAGAACAUCAGAAAUGGAGGAAAUUCAAAGAGCAAUUAGUGCAGAAAAUGAUAGAGUUUGUACCUCACUGCCAAAAAAAUCUGAAAAUGAAAACCAGAAACCAACCAUGGAAAGGCAACACCCUUCUGUCAGAAACUCUUUUUGUGGGAUAUUCAUGGAUUUUCAAAGGGCAAACCAACGACAAAGUAGUCGAAUUAUGGCUAGUAAACAGAAAAAACGGAGUUCCGAACUUCUCCCACUGAUUGAUCUAGACUUCUCAGUUAGUUUUCCUUUGUUGGAUUUGCCUCCUGUAAAUGAGUACGACAUGUAUAUCAGGAAUUUUGGAAAAAUGAACACUAAACAGGCCUAUGUUCAGUGUAAUGAGGACAAUCUUGAGAGAGACAUUCAGACUGAGGAAGUUGAGACAUCGGAGAAAUGGACACAACAUCCAGCAGAAGGUGCCCUUGUGUCUGGAGGUUCCCUGAACAGCCAGGAUAUGUCAGCGAAUGGAACUGUAACACCUAAAAUUGAUUCACAAAGAUUAGCAAAUUUCCUCCAGUCUGCUUGCCAGGUGAUUGCUGUUUUGCUAGAGGAAGAUCAAGUUGCAACAGAACCCAGGAAACUAAGAUCUGGACAAACCAGUCUGUCUAUUAGUGAUAGCUGUUUCCAGAUAAAUACUAACCAGCCAUUCCUCCAUGACCGAAAAAUAUCCUGCCUGUACGUCUCUCAAGUUCAGAGGCAGACACUACUUUCUGUUCAUGGAUUACCUGAGAAGGCAGCUGUUGAUUUACUGAAAAGAAAGAGUAUCAUAUGUGUUUGGAACAUCUGGCAGCCCUCCAGUCCUCAGAAAGUUUUAAUAUGUGACUCAGAGGUGAUAUGUUGCUGUUUUAGUCCCAGUAAAACACCAUUAGUUUUUGCUGGAACAGUAGAUGGUUCAUUGUUGGUGUGGGACCUUCGAGAAGAUUCAAGAAUGCAUCCUCAUGUGACGAUGAGUGAAAAUGACUGGACAUUUAGAGUUCCAACAUUUUCCACUGAUGGCAUUCUAAACUCAGUAAACCACACCUCUCCUAUACUAGCAGUGGAAUCUGUCUCAACCUCUCUCUACGCUGAUCAGAAUUAUGGGCUCUCCAGUCUCUCUUAUCAGGAGGAAAUGUCAGGUCCUCCCUUUCAGAUAGCAUCAAUGGAUGAAAAUGGAAUCCUCAAUAUGUGGGUAGUUGUUGAAUUACAGAAAGUGGAUUUAGCUGGUUCACAGACUGAUUUAGGUUUAAUUCCUGGAGGGAAAGUGAAGUUAGUGCAUAGCUCUACUAUGGAAUUGAAUAACAGCCUCUUCCCAAAGGAUGUGCGCCAGAGAAUACCCCAGACACUGAUGGUUAAAUUUCUGCCUUCCAAUCCUAAUCAAUUCAUUGUUGGAACAAACAUUGGGCUGGUAUGCCAUGGUACAAGACAUGAUUUAAAAGUUUUUCCAAAGCUAUUUAAACCUCAAGAAAGUGGACUGAGAUCAAUAAGCAUCACCGCCAUUGAUUUCUUCCCUUUUGGAAAGCCACUAUUUCUGGUUGGCUGUUCAGAUGGAAGCAUUAGACUACACCAAAUGACAUCAGAGUAUCCACUCAUGCAGUGGAAUGACAGCACAAAUGGCCAGGCAAUCAUUGCCCUGCAGUGGGCUUUAACCAGACCUGCUGUGUUUUUUGUCCUGGAUGCAUCAUCUAAUAUUUACAUUUGGGACCUCCUGGAAAAUGAUCUGUUGCCUGUGGCAAAGCAGACUUUUCCAUCAGAGAACAUUGUAAGUAUGACUCUACUGGGAGAACCGGAAAAGCCAAAUGGAUUGUUGGGCAUUGUGCUGGCCAAAGAAUCUGGACAGAUAGACGUUCAGUACGUAAAGAAGAAGUGGGCAUUACCUCAGUCUGACGAAUCUGAAAAACUGCAUUUGACUUUAUUGCAGGCUGUCUAG